AUGCCUGCCACCACACUGCCAUCCGUUCCACAUUACAUUUCCGGUCCUGUCACCCAGGAGGAUUUGGACUGGGCGGAACUGCCCAUCCUCGACAUCUCCAAGGCCCACACGCCCGAGGGACUCGCGGAGCUCGCGCCUGUCGUGUGCGAUGCGAUGCGCACCCAGGGCUUCCUGUACGUCGUGAACCAUGGACUCACGCAGGCGCAAGUAAGCGACAUCGGCAAUUCCCUAGAUUGCCUCCGGACUGACUCGAGACAGAACGACAGGAUAUUCGACAUCGCGGACGUCCCAUUCUCUCAGGUCUCAGACCAAGAGAAGAAGAACCAUGUAGUAAAGCCUCUGGAGACGGGGCUGUUCACCGGGUACAAGGAGCGUCAAUAUUUCCAUAUUGACAACGGUGUCAGGGACCAGCUUGAGAUGUUUCAAAUCACGGAGCGCGGGCAGGGAUACCCGGCUGCAGUGCGCCCGCUCCUCCCAGAGAUCCGUGCGUGGUCGGAGUACAAUCACUUUAAGGUCGUACAUCCUCUUCUCAGACUGCUCGCAUUGGGUAUGGAGUUGCCCGAAGACACCUUCGUCAAUAUGCACCAGUUUGAGGGUCCCUCCGAGACAUGGAGUACCUUCCCUCGCACAGACGAAGACGAAGAAAAGAGCAAAAACGUCUGGCUCAAGGGACAUACAGGCUAUAGGCUUGCAGAUCUAGGUUCCCUCACCAUCCUCUGGAGCCAGCCUGUGAGCGGGCUCCAGGUACUCUUACCUGACGGGAAAUGGCGCUGGGUAAAGCACAUGGAGAACGCCCUUGUCGUCAACCUCGGCGACUCGCUCGAGAUGCUCUCCGGCGGCUUCUACAAGGCCGCGAUCCAUCGCGUGGUCCAGCCGCCGCCCGACCAGCGCGGGCGCACCCGCCUCGGCGCGUUCUACUUCUCGCUCCCGGACGACCCCGUGCGCCUCGUCCCGCUCGCGCAGAGCCCGGUGUUCAGCCGCGCGGGCGUGGAGGUAAAGCGGCGAUGUGCGGACGCGGACGCGCCGACGGCGGCGGCGUGGCGCGCGGCGCGGGUGAUGGCUUACGGGCAGACUGUGCUCACGAAGCGCGAGGGGAACGUCGAAGAGGAGGUCGUGAACGGGGUCGUUGUAAAGCACUACAACUGA